AUGACACCACCCGCCAUCAUCGCCCCCUCCAUCCUCAGCGCCGACUUCGGCAACCUCGGCCAUGAAUGCUCCCGGAAGAUGGAAGAGGGCUCAGACUGGCUCCACGUCGACAUCAUGGACGGCCACUUCGUGCCGAACAUGACCAUCGGCUCGCCUGUUGUGACCAAGAUCCGGGGCUAUGUCGACCGACCCCUCGAGCCCAACGGCCGUGGCACCUUCGACUGCCAUAUGAUGAUCAUGGAGCCUCAUAAAUGGGUCCGCGAGUUCGCCAAGUCCGGCUGCGACUUGUACUGCUUCCACUACGAGGCGGCUGUCUCUUCCGUCGCCGCGACCGAGCCCACUGACACAACGACGAAGACGCGCACCAGCCCGCGGGCGCUGAUCCGCUACAUCCAUGAGGAGGGCAUGCAGGCCGGCAUUGCCAUUAAGCCCGACACACCCGUCGACGUGCUGUGGGAUAUCCUCGACUCAGAAGACCCUCUGGAGCGGCCCGAUAUGGCUCUCGUCAUGACCGUGCACCCCGGUUUCGGCGGCCAGAAAUUCAUGGCCUCCGAGCUGCCCAAGGUGACAGCGCUGCGCGAGCGGUAUCCCGACUUGAAUAUCGAGGUUGAUGGCGGGUUAGGGUUAGGCACGAUCGACCAGGCUGCCGAAGCCGGUGCCAAUGUGAUCGUUGCGGGCUCAGCGAUCUUUGGUGCGACGGAUCCUGCCGAUGUGAUUGCGAAAAUGCGCGAGGCCGUGCAAUCACGACGUUCAUAA